UAUAAAUCGAUCAGUUCAUCAUAAAUUUGUUCGAAAUUUUGAUUAUUCGAUUUGUUAUUGGGAUGCUAAUUAAACUUAUGUUUCAGAUCUUUAUGAUAAACUGAUCGAAGAAACUAGAUAAUGUAUCAGUUGAUCAGUGCGGCUCUUCUUGGAGUUUUUUUCUUUCAUGGCUUCAGUUCAUCUGAAAAAGCUCCAAACUACUCGUUCAUGCACCAAGCGACCAGAGCACCAAAAGUCGCAUAUUAUGACUACAUAAUCAUUGGCGGAGGCACCGCUGGAUGUCCGUUGGCCGCAACACUUUCACAAAACUAUAAUGUCCUUUUGCUUGAACGUGGAGGUUCUCCUUAUGGUAAUGAAAACAUCACUAAUUUAUCCGAAUUCGGAGUACCUCUCUCCGACCUCUCUCCAUCUUCGCCAUCUCAAGAUGGCGUGAUAAAUGCCCGCGCCCGUGUUUUAGGCGGCGGGAGUUGUUUAAACGCGGGAUUUUAUACACGCGCUGCCACGACCUAUGUUAACACAGUCGGCUGGGAUGGACGGCUAGUGAACGAGUCGUACGUGUGGGUAGAAAAGAAGGUGGCAUUUGAGCCAAUGGUUAGGGAGUGGCAAUCUGCAGUGAGGGAUGGUCUUGUUGAAGUUGGAAUUGGGCCUUAUAAUGGCUUCACGUAUGAUCAUUUGGACGGGACUAAAAUUGGUGGGACAAUCUUUGAUUCUGAUGGCACAAGGCAUACGGCUGCUGAUCUUCUUGAAUAUGCUAAUCCUUCUCGACUUACUGUACUUUUGCAUGCUUCUGCCCACAAAAUCUUGUUCAAAAGCAAAGGAAAGAUGAGGCCAUUAGCUCAUGGAGUGGUGUUUAGGGAUGCAUCAGGGAGGAAGCACAAAGCAUAUUUGAAGAGAGGGGAAAUGAAUGAAAUUAUUGUAUCAGCAGGGGCACUUGGGAGCCCACAGAUCUUAAUGUUGAGUGGGCUAGGCCCAUCACAGCAGCUUAAGGCCCAUAAUAUAAGUGUGGUUUUGGACCAGCCCAUGAUUGGGCAAGGCAUGUCAGAUAACCCAAUGAAUGCAAUAUUUGUGCCUUCACCAGUGCCAGUAGAGAUCUGUCUCAUUCAAGUUGUUGGCAUCACUCCCUUUGGAACCUACAUUGAAGCUGCCUCUGGUAAAAACUUUCUUGGCAGCAAUCCAGAGGAUAAAUCAACUUUCAGAGGAGGAUUCAUAUUGGAAAAAAUCAUGGGUCCAUUAUCCACUGGUCAUCUAGAGCUGCGAACUCGGAACCCGAACGAUAAUCCAAAUGUCACAUUCAACUACUUCAAACAUCCAGAGGACUUGCGAAGAUGUGUACAUGGGAUCAAAGUGAUAGAAAGAGUCAUUGAAUCUAAGUCCUUCACCAAAUUCAGAUUUAACUCAUUAUCUUUUCCUGCCCUUCUCAACUUGACAGCUAGUGCCCCUGUAAACUUAUUGCCUCGGCACAACAAUGUUUCAGAAUCGUUGGAACAGUUCUGUAAAGGUACAGUCAUGACCAUUUGGCAUUACCAUGGAGGAUGCCAAGUGGGUAAGGUAGUCGAUCAAGACUAUAAGGUUUUGGGAGUUGAUGCUUUGAGAGUUAUUGGUGGAUCAACUUUUAAUUACUCUCCCGGAGCUAAUCCUCAAGCCACUGUCAUGAUGUUAGGGAGGUAUGACACAACUAUCCUCUACGUUUUAUUUUAUAUGACGAUAUUUGAUUGAGUAUCGAUCAUAGACUAUGAUUAAAAGACGUCUUUUGAUAUAUAAACGAAAUAUAGUCAGACAUCUCUAAAACAACAUCGCUAUAUAAUAGUCAUUCACUAUAAAAGUCAAGUUUUUAUGGAACCAAUUUUCAUGUUAUUCUACAAUAUAUAUUCUGUAUAACAUCGCUUCGCUAUAAUAACCAAAAGAAUCUAGAACAAAUAAGGUUGUUAUAGAGAGGUUUGACGGCAUAUAUACCAAAA